AAGGGGGGAAAACUGUUAGGACGAAAUCAUCAUGUCGUAUCCGUUAUAAAAGCGCGCGCGUGUGUGUGUGUGAUAUGAAAGUCAGAAACAUUUCUCCUUGUCCGGUAUGUAUUAAAACAACAAAAAACGAAAGAAAGAAGGAAUAGAAAAGAAAAAAGGAAAGCAGUGCAUGUAAUGUUAAGCAGAUGUAUAUAGGUGGGUUCACCUAAAGAGAGAGAGAGAGAAAGAGAGAGAGAGAGAAGGAGAGAGAGAGAGAGAGAGAAGGAGGGGGCGGGGGUGCGUGGACCUCACUGCCUAUGGGACCUACAGGCACCCCGAUAGGGCUCUUGUUUAUUUUAGAACAAAAGAAAAAGGGGGAUUAUAUUAGAAUAAAAGGCCCGGUGCGUGUGCGGGAGCGCGACGGGCCUCUCUGACACUCUGUCCGCCGCCGCCUCGGGAAAACGGUGACUGAAACGCGGCGUGGCUUUGAACUCGAGUCCGGGGAUUUCGCCGCGCUCCGGGCCUCCAGAUAUCUUGCUUAUAAAUGAUGGAGAUAAAAUGGACAUAAGGACCAUGCCAAUCUUAAAGUUUGAAGAUGUGGUAACGAAAUCAGGCUGAGGAUAAUGACUGGGACGCUACUGGACUACGUAAUGAGAGAACUCUAGUCCAAAACCAUUUUUUUUUUUUAAAUGUCAAAUGUUUGUGCAAAGAAGACAACUAGGGACCAGUGAUUUUUCUUUUUAUUCCAAUGAAGCUGAGGAGAUGAAUAGUGUUAAGCAGAAGAUGAAUGAACAUACAAAGUAUUAAUCCUAUAAUAAUAAUAAUAAUAAUAAGAAGAAGAAGAACAUUAGAGGAAUCUCACGCCAUCCUGAUGAGUAGUUUUGCUGAUGGUUGUGUUUUGCUGCAUGAACUUUAGUUAUACUGAGAUUAAAAAAAUAAUAAUAAUGGCUAAACUGACAUACUAUUGACUUCUUCAGCACAAUGGAGAAAAAUUAAAACCGCACUUUUGGUUACACUCCCCCCACCCCCCCAGCACUUGGCCUUUUUCUUGGCUAAGAAUUCUCUGCUACUCAUGUCAUUUUUAUUUUUUGCACAAGGAAAUAUCUAGUGCCAAGGUGGUAUGACUACAAAGUGGAAAUUAUGACACCAGUUUAUUUGAAUGGAUGUGACUGCUGCUAGGUUUGUCACCAUCACAUCCUUUGACUUUUACAUCAAAAGAUUUUUUCUUUUUUGGCUUUUUUGUCUUAUUACUCUCUCCAUUGCUGCUACAGUUGUGAUUAUUUUUACCAAUCAGCUAUAACCUCCUGUGCAAACUUUUUUUUUACACAAUUUCAGCAUUCUGUUUUGUUUUAACAUUUUAAAAUUCGUCUUAGUAUUAUUCAGUUGCUUACCAAAACACUAAAAAUACAAAAGAAAAAAAAAAAUGCAGAACUUUUCCAACAGUCCUGCGACUCUGCCCCCAGGAUUUCCUAGUAGAGGUGGAAACUUGGUUGGUUCCCCAUAUCCACCCCACAUAUCAGAUCCUCAGAUAUCCCCAAGGAGUAUUGAAGAUUAUGCUGCCAUGCAGCAAUCGCAGUCUAUCCUUCAAAGCCAUGGGCAGCACCCACAUCUGCGUGGGCAGCAACUCCCUGGACAGGCAUCCCAUAUCCAUGCCUAUGGAUCCAGGAGAGGUGCUGGAGAGCUACCACAGGCUACUGGAAGCAGUAGCAACUCUUACCGAAAGGAUAGUAUGGAUUAUUAUUUUUCAGUGAGUGGCCGAGACAGGAACAGAAGAGGAGGAGGAGGUUUUGGAGCUGGGUUUGGGUACUCAAACAUGGAAUACCAGUACAGACAUGUUUCUGGGUCCGGGCCAUCGUCUGGCAUAAUGUCCCCUUACUCCAUGGACUACAGCACCAGUGCUUCUACUGGUAGUGGCAGUGGUAAUAGUAAUAACAGUGGCAGUGGUUCAUUUUCACCCACACAGCAAUUUAGUUUGGCUCAGAAUGCAUCAAUGCAGCCGGGUUCAGGUGGUGAAAUGCACCAGCGUCAGCACAGCCAAAAAUAUCCGUCACACCAGGGGUUACAUCAAGGUCAUCGGGCCUAUUCCCUGUCUGGGCACAGAAUACCGUCCCACUUUGGGCACUACCCUUCUCUAAGUGUGCCCACAGCAUCAGGUGGAAUGUAUAACUCUCCACCUCAAAGGUAUGAGAUAAGCAGUGCAAACAUGGACUCCAAAAUCAGCUCACCCACUCACUCCAGUCUAAAUGCCACUCCAGGUCCUGCAGCUUCAACCAACUCUGGGCAUCAAGAAAAUGCAGGCCAGAACUACUCCUCUUCCGUCCAUCCUCCUUAUUCACCUCAGACUAUUCUUCCCAAACAUGCCGCUCGUCGCACUCCUCAGCACAAUCUUGGAGCAGCCUUUGAUGCCCCACUGAAGGUACAGCAUGCACCUUCUAGCCUUGCACACCCUAAAAACCAUCAAUCAAUAGUGUCAUUAAGUCCUGCUGCACCACACCAUGCCUCUCAGGACAUUUCCAAAUCUCCCAUGCUGUCCCAAAACCAGCAGACACAAAUUAAUCAAAAUUUUAGCCCAAUUUCUAAUCCAUCUCCUGUUCAGUCAGCUGUUCACUCUCCCAGCUGCAGCUCUUCUUCUUCCCCACUGAUGGGUGUUUCAGAAGGGCUGGGCAGUACUGCAUCUUUGCACUCCUCAGUUUUAAAUCCCCGCAGUAGUCACAGCCAUAUAAGGGCCCAAAGUACAUUGCCGCAGCUUAGCCCAACUCCUAGUUCUAAUAGUAGUAUUAGUAGUUGUGGUAGUGUAGUGAGCUCUGCUGUUAAUCAGACUAGAACAGGAAUGGGGCUUCGGGGUGGACAACGGGAGGAAACCUCAUCCCUGUACUCACAAGACAGGCUCUCGCAAGACCCUGGACUAAACAGUCUAAAUGCUCUCUCAUCCCAAGUGGCUAAUUUGCCCAACACAGUACAAAACACGAUGUUAACAGACACUGUGCUCUCUCAGAAGAAAAGAAGAGAUGGUACAACUCAACCUCACUUACAGCAGACAGGGAGUAAUCAGCAGAAACAAAGAAAUGCUACUGCUGCUGGUCGAAGCACAGCAAAUGAGGAGAGUGGAGAUGUUGGGGCAUCUGAGCCAGAGGAGGCAAGUAAGAAUCACAGUGACCAUUCAGAACAUGAAGAGGUGAGACAACCAGACAAAUUUAGCACUGAUUCUAAACCCACUAACUACUACUCGGCAACCCUGAAUCAGACAAAGACUCAAACAGGACAGAGUCAUCCUGGUCGGCAUCCACAAACGGAUGAAAGAGUUACAGAGGGGUCUGUCAAACCAUUAUUUAGUCAAGGUGCAAAACCUUUUUUACAGAUUAAGGCAUCAGAAACCCAAAAUCUAUCAUCCUUGUCUCCACCUUCGGUUCUUACAGAGCCAAGCCCAAAUGCAUCUUCUUGUGCACCUGUUCCCUCAGCCUCAUCAUCGGCUCCAUCCUCUCCAACUCAUUCUGUACAGUCAAAUUGUGUAAUUGAACCUGAUCUUGGUCACAGUGAUGAAAAAACUGGACUUAAGGAGAAAAAUACUUCAACUACGAAGGAUGAAAUAACCACAGUUAAACAUGAAGAGCCUUGUCAUCAAGAAAUGGAUAAUGGAAAAAAUACUCAGACCUUGGCCACUGUAAAAGUGGAACAACCAGGUCCAGCAGAACAAAAUGAGAAUGAGAAGGAAAACAAGAAAAACACUCAGCAUUUUCUUAAUAGAACUUUAAACACUCCAGAACAGUCCAAUGCUGGUGUUGGUGUUAUUGUUUCUACACGCUCUGAACAAAGUCCUGAAAGACUUAAGCAAACAGAGGUUACAUCUCAACAGGGCACUUCGUCGGGCAAAAUAAGCUAUUCUGAGGAAAAACAUUCCAUAAAUGCAUUUAGGGAUUCUGCGAGUCAAAAUGGAGAGGGGGAUAUGGGUAUGGAAACAUUCACAGCACACUAUGAUGUUUCCCUUAAAACUGAGUUUGGGCAAAACAUGUCUUCAAAUCACUGUCAAUCUGGUUCUUUUAAGUAUUGCAAUCCAGAAAUGCCAUACAACGCUUGCAUGGGUGCAAAGAACAAGGUCCGAGCUGGACCAGGGAUAGGUGCAAACCGAUACCAAGACUACCAUCAGUCACAUUCAAACUUUGGUUAUUUGUCUAGAAAAGAUGUUAGUGUUUUAGGAGUUACGGGAAAAAGCGGAAUAGGUUUGAGAGGUCAGGAUAGUAAUUCGCAGUUGCAGCAGCCAUAUCCCAGUCUUUUACAAGAAGUCCUCCAAGGCCAUCACUUAGAUCGGCGCUAUUGCCGUCCUGAACAAACAUCUGGUAGUCCUCAUCAACCUCAAAAUAUGUCCCAGCAUCAUUACCAUACUAGAUUCCCCUACUGUGUGACUGAUAACUUGAGGCCACAUGGAAUGGACCAGUCAGCAAUUGGUAGUGCCAAUAUUCAUCAACAAAUUACCACAGUAAAGCAUUACUCUCAAAAUCAUGGACCAGACCAUGAUGUAGGCCUUGGUCUUCUUCAUCCCUCUUGGGAUUCUAAAACACAAAGGUCUAAGGGGGAUCAAGGAACUUCAUCAGAGAAGGGCACAGUAACUGUGUCUCCCAGCGAUCCCACCCAUAUACAGCAGCUAUCGGAUACUUCAACAGUAACUCCUCCUACACACAUUAACUUGGCAGACUAUUCUUUGCCCCACAGAAAAAACACAGGUUUGGCCACUCCACCUUCUGCUGUCCAGCAGUUGCUUUUACAAGAAUCUGACCAAGAAUUGUCUCGUAAUGCUGACUCCUUAAAUCAGACCCAAUCCCAGAUGUCCAUAUCUUCAGAAAGGCGCUCUGUAAUCUGUGAUGUAUCUCCAUCACGGCGGACCACUUUAGAGAAGGAAAGAACACACAGUGGGACCUCUGGAUCCUCAGUCAUUCAGCAUCCCUCCUCAUCCUCUAUAUUGAGUGACCAAGGGUGCACUAAUGUGGAUGUAAAAGAUGAAUUGGAAAAAACUCCUAAGAUAAAUCCCAAAGAGUGUGGAAAGCAACUUGGCGAUGGUCACAGUGUGAUCUUACCUAAGGACAAGCCUAGUAAGUCCUUGCAUGCACCAAUAGAAAUUAAUUCUGACUUGCAUAGACAAAGUGGUGCAAAAGGGAUUAUAGAUUCCUCGAACAACGCCUUAUAUCACUCAAAAAUUUCCUCUAAUCCCCUAUCAUCACCACCUAGAUGCAAGCCUUAUUCCCAGCCUGUUGAUGGAACAUCUCCUGGUUUUCCUGCUUAUGGUUUUAGUGAUGCAGUGGAUGGGACCAAAACAAAUACUCACAUCCCUUCUCCAAAUUCAUUACAUUCACUAUCAUCUCCAAGUCAUAUCUCACCGUCGGUAAACAAAUUACAAGCCUAUUCCCACCAUGUUUCUCUUCAACACACACAUGGCAUCAGCGAGCGAUUUGACUGGUCAACCAGCAGUAAUAGAAAUAAAGAUGUUUCCAUCCAUCACAACUCUACCCAAAACCCUGACCAAAAGUUGGCAAGACAACACUCAUACCCUGGCUCUCAAUAUGAUGUGAAAAUGUGGGAGUCCUAUGCUGAAAGAGAAGGGACGGGAAACCAGCAGCUACUGUCUUUGACUUCUUCUCACAAGGCAGUUGACAACGUACCAAUUAGUUUUCCCAAGCCCCUGGAGGCAGGAAAUACCGAAGAUUCAACAAAGUCAUUCCAUCCACCUCCAGCUGCUGGUUCAGGCAGCAGCAAUAUUAAUCCAAGUGUUCUCCAAGGACAGCGGCAAGGCAAAAUUGGGGGGUCAGCAGAAACUAACCCAUUAAUGAUGAGGAGGAGAGUUCGCUCUUUCAUUUCUCCAAUUCCUGCCAAAAGGCAAUAUCAGGAUUUUUCUGGCAACAGGGGUGUGACAUCUCACCACUCACCGGUAGCCCAUUCUGAAUCUAGACCCUUAAAUGACAAUGAUUCAUGCAGUGCAGACUCUCGUCCUAAGCUAGCUUCUCCCAACACAGCGUUUCAUUCUCCAAGUGCUAACUCGCCCCCACAGGCUAAAACUAAAUUUCUACCACCAAGAAAAGGACGGGGAUUAAAACUAGAGGCAAUAGUUCAGAAAAUUACUCCAAACAAAAAAGCUAAUUACAGUAAUAGCCACACAGAUGCUGACUUUUCAGAGGUAUCACGUUACAGUUCUGAAAUACCUGAUUCAGAGAUUGGAGCACCCUUCUCUAAUGUCCCUCAUAGAGAAAGUGGUUGUUUACCUUACCUUGAUGAAGGUCACUCAUUGGAUGAUCUUUUGCCCUACAGAGCAGAAGAUGCCUAUUCUUGUGAUUCUCAAGUUCUUAAACAGGGUGUGACUGGGUCUACUGGUGCCACCCUGAGAAAUAUCCCAACCGACUUUGACUUUGGAUUAGGUGCUGCUGGAUCUUCAGGCCCUGGGGCUGAUGAAGUUGAUAAGGAUGAAUUUACAUUAUUAGGACCCCUUCCCCCACCACCUCCACUGCCUCGUCCUGUGCAAGGUUCUCCUCCUCCGUCCUCAUCUGCAUUGUCUGAUAUACAACAAUUCACUAACACCUAUCAGCAGCUGGAAACGAGACGAGGUGAGCAGUCUGCUGCGAACCUACUGAGGCAGAAACUUCAGGAGACUGGUAUGGGCUUUGAGGAUUAUCCUGGAGGGGAUUUUUAUGGAGCAACCCCACCCCAUGGUCAAAGUCCAGGACACCACCUACUCUCCAGACCUCCACAAUGUGAAUUAGCCUCACCUAGAACAGCAGCAUCAGAUGCCAAACUACAAGAGAACUUUGUUCCCAAAGGUUAUUUCCCUUCAGGCAAAAAGAAGGGGCGACCAGUAGGAAGUGUGAAUAAGCAAAAACGUGUGCAAGUACAGAGUACCACUUCCAAUGUAAUGUCAGCUCCUCAUACUCCUCCUGCUGGUUCUCUUGCUGCUACUCCUCAAUCAGCAUCAAAUUCCAGCAUGGCAGGAGAAACAGUUAUACCACCAACUUUACCUGAACAGAAACCUUGUCCCUCGCUAGAUGUUGCUACGGAGAGCCAACCAGUAAAGGUGGAGAUAGAGGGUGAGGAUAACCAGCCAGAUUUGGAUGUAAAACCUAUAAAACACAGGCAGAGAAAGGGAAAAGAGGGAAAUGAAGGUGCUCCCUCAAAAAGCAGACAGUGGAGGAAAGGUAGAGGUAUGACCUCUAAAGAAGAGCUGGAUCCUCAGAAUGUUGCUGUGGGAAAUGCAGGGACUUUGCAAGGUACUAGGAAAAAUGUUUUCUCACCAUAUGUACAUGUUGAAAGGAAGAUAACUGAGAUUGGAGCUGUGUGUAUGGUAGUAAAUUCUGAAGAUGAGAAAUCCAAAGCAGGAGGCAAAAAUAGUAGUUCUGGUGGUGAUGGCCUAUCGACUGUUUCUUUGAUAUCUCAGAUGGUCAGAAAAGAGAGGGAAAUUGAAAGGAUGCAGGAAAAAGGAAUUGAUGAGCCGACUGAUUCAGUCAUGCAGUCAGGAAAGUCUCUUCCCUUAACUGGAUAUGUCCUACCAGGCCCCGUGAUAUCUGAGACUGGGCACACAGGUCGUUUGCUGUGCUGCCUCUGCCAAAAAUGGGCAAAUUAUAAAAAUCUUGGGGAUCUCUAUGGCCCCUUCUACCCGGCUGAUUAUGCUGCCAAAUUCCCGAAGAACCAGCCCCAAAUUCGGCAGAUCUUGUCAAACACCCCUGGGGCAGGUAAUGCAGGGUCGAAUCCAUCUUCUGUAUCAACAGAAUUAACUGUCCCAGAUAUUCAGUCUGUUCCAGAUAUCAGUUCAGCAGACACUAGUUGUUCAGUGAGUCAAACUACAAACCCAGUAUCGCCUGCAGUAAGUGAAAACCUUCCUUGUCUCAGUACAGCUACCAAGGCAAUGGAGCAAAACUGGAAUCUGAUACCAGAAGGGGCAUUAAUUACUUUAGACCCACCUGAACUAGAGAACGAACUGACCGAAAUAAGGCAACAGAAAGCAGAGGAUGUGCAGCAGCGACCACAGCAUCGAAAGCUGACUUCCCAUCCACGGUUCAAGAGAAGACACAAGUCUAGUGAGGAUAUGCCCCGCACAAUUCCAAUUAACAGCAAAGCUUCACUGCCUUUCCAGCCUCCACCACCCAGCCUUGAUUCCUUGGGACCUUUGGCUCAACUUGCUCAGCUCCCAUUGGUACCCUUGGAUCCAAAGGAACUUUGGGUCCAUGAGAGUUGCAUUGUCUGGACAAGUGGUGUUUACCUGGUCAAUGGGAGAUUGUAUGGCCUCCAGGAGGCGAUCGAUGGUGCCAGAGACACAAACUGUUCUCAUUGUGAAAUGGCUGGUUCCACUUUGGGUUGCUAUAGUAAAGGCUGCACACUGAGGUAUCAUUACAUGUGUGCUGUGGAGGCAGACUGCUUUCUAAAUGAAGAUAAUUUCUCCUUGAGGUGUCCAAAGCACAAGUUUCCUCAAAACGGUAGGCCAGCCAAACCUGCAGCUGCAAACCAGGAACAGUCAGAAAGAGGCUGAAGACACUACGCACACAAUCAUCAAAUACAGCGAGGAUGAUCGAGCAAAAGGAUUGAGACCAGCGCUUUUACAGGCCUUGAUUUUGGAUCAACUGAUCGGAAUGUAAAAACUAUAAACUUUCUUUAAAGAAUACAAAGAAAAGGAAAAAAAAAACUUGUGACAAAGGAAAAAAAAGUUUUGUUAAUAAUCUACCUGUAUCAUGGGAGACAUGUCUGAAAGAAAAAAAAACAAACAAACAAAAAAAAAACACUACAACGGAAGGAAAGAAGACGAAGCUGGACUACAAAAGCAUUCAUUUUUCAUUUGAGUUUUAAUUCCACUUAAAGCUCAUUACUUUGUUUUACUCAGCAGCGUUUUUGGGAACAAGAAGCCGAUGUGUAUUAUUACUAUUAUUAUUCAAGUAUUUUUUUUUUUACCCAUUUUUGAUUUUAAAGCAGUAUUUUACUCUUCAUCAUUUAUGCCUCCGUUAACGGCGUCAUUCCUUCACACAGAUGAAAUCUUGUUGCCACGGAGACAUUGUUGCCGUGGAGAACGGACAUUUAUUGCCUUUGAAGGUGUGUGUGAGCGAGAGACCGAGCGAGCAGAGCCUCUGAUGUGCCUGUGUUGUUACAUUUUCAUGUUUGAAAUCUUACCCUGUUCCCUACAUAGUGCACUAUUUUUAUUUUAUUUUCUUCUUUUUGCGCCAUUUUGUAGAAUACAAAGUGGAGAAUAUUCAGUGCACAUGUGAAAACCCACAAUGCACUGCAGGAGCUGAGGGUACAAAUGAUGACUGUGGCAUACCCAGAAUGCCUUGCUGUGCUUGUAGGGAAUUAAGGCACCAUUUCAGACACAAGAAAAAAAGAAAAGUUAAUUUCCAAGUACACGCAAGUGUGUGUGUGUGUGUGUGUGUGUGUGUGAGUGAGAGAGAGACUUCUCCAUCCGAAACAAAAUGUUUGUUGCCAUAGAGAUAAGGAUGAAAAGGUACAUUUCAUUUUCACCUGCUCAUUUUUUAUUCUUGUAAAAAUUGAAAUCAUGGGAAAAAAUGACUAUGAAACAUGUUGUACUACAAAACUGUUGAUAUGUAUAUGCUUCAUCAAUACAGGAAGUCCUGAACAUUCA